CAGGGAUCGUUGAAAAAAUUGCUGCUUAAACAGAAUACGUAGAUUUCUAAUAGAGGAGUUCAUUUUACCGGGAUCUGCUAGCUCUAAUAAUGGCUUUAAGGUUCAAGAACUGUUCGAUGCUCACGCCAAAGACUACUUGUCAACCUCAAAGAGCUCAAUAUUUCAUUCGUUUAAUUUCCGGAAACGGUCAUUCCAUUUUUAAUGGUACGGCUGGAAAGUUUCCAACUCAACAGGUGGCAUUACCGAGUUGUGCAUUGCCACUAACCGUCAAAAAUUCCCUGAUAUUUAGUGCAAGCGGAUGCCACAGAUCAAUCCAUGAAGUUGCGACUAAAACCCUGAAUCCAAAAAACUUCUCGGAUAUACCCGGCCCAAAACCACUCCCUCUCAUUGGUAACACUCUCUUGUUCUUCACUCAUAAAGACUUCGAUUUGAAUAACGUGCAAAAGUUUUGGGAGAGCAUCACCCGAGAAUAUGGCGGCAUCGUCAAGUUGAAGGUAUUUGGCGCCCCCACGAUGGUGGUCACCACAAGCCCUGACGACGUAGAGAUUCUGUACAAGAGCACCAUGGAGGACCCAAGACGUAUUGGGUUUGAGUGCUUGAAAGCUGUGCGUGACCACAACAAAGAUAACUUCUUCAAUAAGAAGACCGGUCUUCUCACUGAGCAUGGAGAAGAGUGGUGGCGAGUGCGCAGUCGUGUACAGGCACCUUUGCUGCGCCCACGCAGCGUUGCUAUGUACCUGCCGGCUGUUGACGGCGCCACCAAGAAGUUCAUGAACAGGAUAGACCUGCUGCAAGAAGGGACGGGGCAAGUGCCUCCUGACUUCCUGCAUGAGCUCCACAAGUGGGCACUCGAGUGUGUUGGUCUGAUUGCACUCAACCGAGAGCUGGGCUGCCUGGACCCCGGCCUUCGCCAGGACUCGUUUCCCAUGCAGCUUGUGGCCUCGGCUAACGCUUUCUUCAACGCCGCGACUGAAGCAGAGAUCGGCUUCCCCGCCUGGAUGUUCUACCGCACGAAGCCCUACGUGCGCCUUGAGACCCACCACGACGCCUUCCUAGCGCUAGCAAUUGAGGCCAUCAAGGAGGCGGAGGAUCGCCUACAAGAAGUCACGUCCUCACAGGACCCCCACAGGAGGCUGUCAAUCAUGGAGACGCUUUUAUCCACCGACGGCCUCAAUCGCAGCGACGUGGCUACCAUCAUCCUCGACCUUCUGCUGGCGGGCAUUGAGACCACGGCAAACGCCCUCGGCUUCACUCUGUACCUGUUGGCGCGACACCCGCAGGAACAACGGCGCCUACAAGAGACCGUGGAUAGCGUCGUGGGCGAUGCCAGCGCACCACUUACACCCCAGCAUCUCGCCGCCAUUCCGGGCCUGGGACACGUCCUUAGGGAGACCUUGAGGCUGUACCCGCUGGUGUUUGGCUCCUCCCGUAUCCUCUGCAGCGACGUCGUCAUGUCGGGAUACCGCGUGCCUGCUGGGACGCUGGUGUUGAGCUUGCAGUCUGUCAUAUCGCAGCAGGAAGAGUUCUUCCCCGAGGCGAAGAAGUUCCUCCCCCAGCGUUGGGAUCGCGACAGGCCCUUCGGUCCCAUGCACCCCUUCGCCUCCCUCCCCUUCUCCCACGGCACCCGCAUGUGCGUGGGGAGGCGCAUCGCUGAGCAGCAGAUAUUCACCUUCCUCGUCAGGGUCCUUCAGAAGUACACCGUCAGAUUCGAGCACCAGGAGGAGAUGCGCGUCAAGUCCCAGUUCACCCUCAAGCCCGAGACGCCCCUCACCUUCACGUUCGCCCCGAGGGCGUGACGUGAUCUCCCCAGAAACCUUACCUUAAUCUCCUCUUCCAGUUUAGGUUAGGUCGCUUGUCUCGGUGGAUAGGUUGGGUCGUCCCAGCAGGCAAUGCCAGGUUGAAUCAACGUUGAAACAACAUAACUCACGACGUUGAAAAAACG